AUGGACCCUGCAAGCCCGGUCGAAGGCCCAGAUACCUUCAGCCGGGUCCUGCCUCUUCCUUUCCGUCUUCAGUUCGAGCUCGUACUGGGAUUCUGGCUCUGGGCGUUCAAUCUUCAUGCUUUUCACCUCCUGGACAUCGACAUUUUCACUUUGAUACAUUAUCCGGCCCGGCCCACUCACGAUGAGCCAGCACUACACGUCUCGACAUACCGGCUGGCAACGGUGCUGACGGGCAUGUGCAUGGGCGCAAUCAUCCUCUUCUGGAACUUCACGCACGGCCAAGCAGAUCUGGUGAUUGCCUACCACUGGAUCCCGAAUCUGCUUUUCCUGGCCAUCCUCGCCGUUCUGUUCGCGCCACGCCUGCCAUGGACACGGAGCAUAUUCGGCAGCACCAGCUCACAUGGUGUUCAUCGUUUGCUCUACGGACUGCUGCGAUGUGCGCCCGGCGGGAUCGCAAAGGCGAAGGGAGAAAAGUUUGGAGAUGUUCUGCUGGCAGAUGCUCUCACUUCCUACUCAAAACCCAUUUCCGAGAUUUUUGUCACUUUAUGCAUGUUCUUCAAGGGUAUGCAUACGACGGACAAGCCUGAUCGCGCAUGCGGGCGUGAAGUCAUUGUACCAUUGGCGAUCGCCUGGCCAUUCGUGAUCCGCUUGAGACAGUGCAUCAAGGAGGGACAAUGGGCCAACGCGGCCAAGUACGCCACUGCUUUUCCCGUCAUCAUUCUCAGCUCUAUGAUGGGGAAAGAUCCAACGUGGAAAGUGAUAUGGCGCCUAGCGGCUCUGGUCAACUCUCUAUACAGCUUCUGGUGGGAUGUGUCUAUGGAUUGGGACCUGACGCUACUUUCUCGGUACCGUCAUCGCUCGCCAUUCGGUCUACGCCAACAGCGUGUCUUCAGGCUCCCGCUUCUCUACUAUUCGGUCGUGGCUUUCGACCUUGUUCUCCGCUUUGCCUGGUCUUGGAAGCUGUCAUUGGCAUUGGUCUCCCUGGAUGGCAUAGAAGGUGGCGUCUUCCUCUUGGAGAUCGUAGAAAUUCUUCGACGAUGGGUGUGGGUCUUUUUCCGGGUCGAAACAGAAUGGGUGCGCACGACGCAGCCUGCAAGCAUAGCACUCUAAUACAGCCACACGAUGCUAUACUACGCUGGCCUGCCGGGUCUGUUUAAUUCCUCCUACCAACACAGCUCUCGCUAGUGUUGCUUCGCGGUCCCUUCGCUCGGAGUCUAGAACAAAACUCGGAGCGCUGUCGGAUCGCGGAGGAGUUGAGACGCUUCCGAACAUCAUUGGUAGCAUCAGAUGGGCCUGUUCUUCUCUCCGCGGAGCAGCCUUCCCGCUUCCGCCGUCAUGGGUGACAAAGUUGGUGAUGAAAGGCCGCAUGACCAAGAUGGUAGAUGCUAUCAGCGAAUAACACAGCUCUGCCUGACUCCACGAAACGAAUUCAGCCUCAAGGAGGUUCGGAUCCCAUCGUUUGGCAUCCGGAUAGCUCAGCAGGCGGAGGACAGUGAAGAGAAUGACUGGGAGGCGAAAAGCGAACAUGACCACCACGACUGCUUUGUGACUCCAGCUCAGUGCAGAAACACCCCAGACGAGCCAGAUGGGGAUAGCGACCAUGGCAAGCUCGAAUAGACAACCAAAUGCAUCGAGGAUCUCCCAUCGAAGAAGAAUUGCAUCACUGCAGCUGGCGGUGCUCACGCGCCACGGUCGGUCCAAGCCGCAUCUGAACGACAGUACGAACACCAGGGUUAAUGUCCAGACUGAUAUGAGAGCGAAGAUGACUUUGACGGUGUUCCUGUAGGGAUUGAAAGGUGCGAUCCGAAGCAGAAACGCAGCGACGGAGGCCUUGGAGAGUCCAACGCCGAGGGCAAAGAAGAG